AUGCACGCAUUUAAAACUCCCGAACCUGCGGACGCCAUGCACAGGAAACACCUCCAGGAGAUACCCGACCAGAGUAGCAACGUUACCACCAGUUUCACGUGGGGAUGGGAUUCUAGCAAGACUUCUGAACUGCUUUCAGGCAUGGGGGUCUCCGCCCUGGAGAAGGAGGAGGUGGACAGUGAGAACAUCCCCCAGGAACUGCUUUCAAACCUGGGCCACCCACAGAGUCCCCCACGAAAACGGCUGAAAAGCAAAGGAAAUGACAAGGACUUUGUGAUUGUCCGCAGACCUAAACUAAACCGAGAGAACUUUCCAGGUGUUUCUUGGGACUCCCUUCCAGACGAGCUGCUCUUAGGAAUCUUUUCCUGUCUGUGCCUCCCCGAACUCUUGAAAGUCUCCAGUGUUUGUAAGAGAUGGUAUCAUCUAGCGUUUGACGAGUCUCUCUGGCAGACUGUAGACCUCGCAGGCAGAAAUCUCUACCCAGAUGUGGUUGGUCGGCUUUUGUCCCGAGGGGUGGUUGCCUUCCGCUGUCCACGAUCAUUUAUGGACCAACCGUUAGUUGAACAUUUCAGCCCUUUUCGUCUACAGCACCUGGACCUGUCGAACUCUGUGAUCGAUGUGUCUACCCUGCAAGGCCUUCUGUCUCACUGCUCCAAGUUGCAGAAUCUCAGCCUCGAAGGCCUCCGACUUUCAGAUCCCGUUGUUGAUAAUCUUGCUCAGAACACAAAUUUACUGCGACUAAACCUUUCUGGGUGUUCUGGAUUCUCUGAAUCUGCCCUGAAGACUUUGCUGAGCAGCUGUUCCAGAUUGGAUGAACUGAACCUCUCUUGGUGCUAUGAUUUCACUGAAAAGCAUGUACAGGUGGCUGUUGCACAUGUGUCAGAGACUAUCACCCAGCUGAAUCUCAGUGGGUACCGAAAGAAUCUGCAGAGAUCAGAUGUCUCUACCUUAGUUGGAAGAUGUCCCAAUCUUGUCCACCUAGACUUAAGCGAUAGUGUCAUGCUGAAAAAUGACUGCUUUCCAGAAUUUUACCAACUCAACUACCUCCAACACCUAUCACUCAGUCGGUGCUAUGACAUAAUACCUGAAACUUUACUAUCUGACUGCCCCCUUAGGAACACCAAGCAUGUUUAUUUCAUUUGUGAACUUGGAGAAAUUCCCACAUUGAAAACACUACAGGUCUUUGGAAUCGUACCAGACGGUACCCUCCAACUGUUAAAGGAAGCCCUCCCUCAUCUGCAGAUUAAUUGCUCCCAUUUCACCACCAUCGCCAGGCCGACCAUUGGCAACAAGAAGAACCAAGAGAUAUGGGGCAUCAAAUGCCGGCUGUCACUGGAGAAGCCCAGUUGUCUAUGA